UCAUGGUCAAUGAAAGCUAAUAUCAUUUAACUUAUCAAAAUCCACCACUAUACAUUAUCUCAAAAUGCAGUCAAAAAUCACCCGCGCUCUUCUCGUCUCACUUCUCUUCCUGCUGCUGCGAUGCAUCCAGGAUUGCUCUGCCAUCACCACUCGCCGUCCCAUAGGAUCUUCAUCGGCUGUCAUCAUUUCAUCAUCAUCAGGAAUAGUUUCCCCGUCUUCCCCAGAAAGCCAACUAGCUGGUGAACAAAGGUUUGCCAUGGAACCUCAAGACCAGACUGCCAUCGUUGGAUCCAGAGUCACAUUGCCAUGUCGAGUUUUGGACAAGAGUGGACAACUGCAGUGGACGAAGGAUGAUUUUGGAUUAGGGACACAUAGGAAUUUAAGUGGAUUCGAAAGAUAUUCGAUGGUUGGAAGUGAUGAAGAAGGAGAUUAUUCUCUAGACAUUUACCCAGUUAGAUUAGACGAUGAUGCGCGUUACCAGUGUCAAGUGAGUCCUGGUCCUAAAGGCCAACCAGGAAUCCGUUCCCAAUUUGCAGUACUUUCUGUACUGGUUCCUCCAGAACCACCAAAAAUAGCACAAGGAGACUUUUUGUUAACAACUGAAGACAGAGAAAUAGAAUUGGAGUGCUCAUCUGUUGGAGGAAAACCUGCUGCUGAGAUAACAUGGAUCGAUGGUAUGGGUAAUGUACUCACAGCAGGAAUAGAAAGUUUCGUCGAGCCAUUACCUGACGGCAGACGCUUCACGUCACGUUCUGUUUUGAAGUUGACGCCCAAGAAGGAGCAUCACAACACUACUUUCACUUGUCAAGCGCAGAACACCGCCGACAGGACUUAUAGAGCAGCAAAACUUAGACUAGAGGUGAAAUUUGCACCCAAAGUAUCCGUAGCAGUAAUAGGUAUUGAUACAUUCCCCGGAGGUCGCAUUCCAGAAGGAAGUGAAGUUCAAUUUUCUUGUAAAGCUGAAGCAAAUCCGCCAGAACUGACUUAUAAGUGGUUUAUAAAUGACGAACCAGUAGUUGGAGAUUACACAACGUUAAUGGUAAUGUACAAUGUGACAAGAGCUUAUCACGACGCAAUCGUCAAGUGCGAAGUUCAUAAUCCUGUUGGAAAAUCUGAAGAAAGUGAAACCUUGGAUAUAAGCUAUGGUCCCCGGUUCCGCACUAGACCUCGGUCUGUCCAAGCAGAUAACGGAGCAACCGUAGCGCUUAGCUGCGACGUAGACGGUAAUCCUACGCCCGACAUUAUAUGGAUAUAUGAGGAAUCACAAAAGGUUGUCGGCAAUUCUGCAAAUUUAACAUUAACCGUCGUACCAGAAACUGCAGGCCGCUAUUAUUGCAAGGCAUCUGUCCCUGGUUUCCAUGAAAUCGGUGCCAGAGCGCAAGUUUACUUGCGUGGACCUCCUGAAAUCGCUUCUGGAUCUACACAAUUUGGAAUCACUGGCGAUACGGUUCGUCUAGAAUGCAUAGCUCAUUCUGUGCCGCGUCCACAACGUGUUUCAUGGUCACGAUGGGGUCGUGACAUCGAGCCUGGAAGCAGCAGUAGUGCUUCCACAAUAAGUGGAAGCGGUGGAUUGUCCAAUAGUGACGAUGCUGAAUAUAGUGUCCUGGAAGAUCCUUUACCAGAUGGACUUAAAAGCACAUUAAUUGUCAGAGAUAGCAGACCAAGGCAUUUUGGAGAAUACAAUUGCACAGCAGCCAAUGAAUACGGCGCAGAUGUUAUGGCUAUCAGACUUGUCCCAAGAAAAACUUUCCCUAUGCUUCUAACAAUAGUCGGAGCAGUUGCUGGCGUCAUCCUAAUAGUUAUAAUAACCCUCUCGGCCAUUCUAUGCCAAAAACGAAAACGCAGGAGGCACCACCAUGAAAACAGUGCCCGUGACCUGAAAUCUGCAGGAAGGCCGCAUGACGAAAAGUCUAUGGAUGGAAACAAUCACACUACUAUUAUCACGAACCAAUGUCGAGACAGUGACCGAAGUUCCAAUGUUAGCGAUUUAAAAUUGGAAUUAAGAGAGGAUUGCUAUUCUUCAAAUCAAGAAUACUCUGAAGCCGGAUCAGAUGGUGGAAUAAACAGGACUAGCAUUGGUAUACCGAUGACAGGACCUGUGAAUUUGCCUGGUGGGGAAAUUUAUAGAUACUCUGCUGAUUAUACAGAACCACAUUUUCCACCAAAGAGUAAUGAUGGUCAAAACAACAAUGGAUACGUACCAUACGUCGAUUACACACGUGACUACAACCCACCAUCUCUUACCAUGAAACCUGCUUUACAACCAACUCUCGAGUCUUCAAGAGAAAGUCUACAAUCAACCCGCCUUCAUCUAAAUAGUCUUCAUUCCAACAAUUCUUUAUCUUCAAGUGGAACACAUGUUACCGCUCAUCACCAUCCAGCUGGGCAAGUGGUGUCUAACGGUAGUAUCAUGAUGGGCGGCGGCGGCUCUUUGACACGUCGGCAAAAUAUUGACGGAAGUGGUUCUACUUAUCCUUCAAAUAGUCUGCAAAGAGGUAUUAAGGAUUCUAGGCAUGAAAAUGGUCUGCCAACUGUUAUGCCGCCUGCCAUGCACGAAAUGUCAUUGAUGCCAAAUGGAGGGUUACAUCCGCCAGGAAUAGAUGCAAGGUAUUCAGUAACGUACGGAAAUCCUUACCUCCGGUCUUCGAGUACAUCAUUACCUCCUCCGAGUACGGCAAACCCGUCCGCGACGCCUGCACCCCCGCCAUAUUCCCGUCGUCCUGCGGUUCCGCAGACCGAGGUCGCUGGGCCCGGACCUCAGGUCGCGCGACUGCCGAGCUCUCCCACGAGUCAGUACAUCGUCCCAGGCGCCGCGCAAACGCACAGCGUCAAGAAAGGAACGCUGGCGACGCACGUGUGA